AUGGGUGAAUCAAAUCGUGGCUCGCCCUCCAAGCAACUGCUUGCCUUCAGUCCUCUGGCUGUGGGAGGCGCUCGUAACGAAGGCCCACCUCCUCUGGCUGGAGUUGAGUCUCGUCGUCGUCGUGUCCAGCUUGACCCGUUCGCCGGCUGGAAUUUGCCCGCUGUUCCGGGUGCUAUGCAGUCUGCCUCAGACACUGACACCAAGCCUGUCCAAGGCAUUGCCCAACCCACCCCAACUUCCGAUCAAUCUUCUUCAGCCUCUACCCGGCCAAUCUCGCGUACUUCCCAGCCUUUUCAAGCCAUGGCUCAAUUGAACCUGGCGGGUCAGGCCAAUCCUCUCGGCACGAUCUCUGAGGAUAGUCCUGCCGUUUUGCCUCCUCUGCCUCCUCUGCGAGACAUGUCCCAGCACUGGCAUAGUCAGCCUGGUGCCUGGACACAGAACACACCUUCCGAUGAAACCGGUCACCAGCGGUUGACUCCAUUCUCAUCUCUGGGGUUGCAGUCCGCCGCCGCCAGUGCACGAAACAUCAUUGCAGCAAGCCAGUUCCCAAGGGCCGUGAACAACAACCUGAUUGGCAACCAUAGUCGUCUGCAGGAUCCCUACUCUCCCUCCCGGGAGGUGGCUAAUUUCCCAUACGAUCCAGCUCAGGGUUCCCUCGCUUCAAUGGCCUCUUCAUUCGACUACCGUCAAGGUGUUUCCAGCCAAUCUCACGCCCACGGCGGUGCAAUGGAACUGCACAGCCAACCGAGUUCUUCGGCUGUAUGGUCCCAGCCUCUUGGUCUUCGAGGCUCGAACCCAUGUUUCCCGCGGCGUCACCCAAAUGACAUGGCACGCCGUGCAUUCAUCGUGGAGCACAUUCCGCUCGACACCCGGAACGGGGAUGUGGUCUCAAUGUUCCCAGUCAUGACUUAUCCAUCAAUUCGAGGUGUCUGCAUUCGACAGAUCCAUCGAAACGGACGAUUUGCCGUUUUGUUUGGUGAUGUCCGGGAUUCCGAAGCGGCCUUCAGGGCUCUUAGCACCGAACGUCCCCAGUGGCACAUGAGAUACACGACCAUUCAAGAAGUCGUUGCCCUUGGCCUCACCGGGCCCUUCACAAACAGGUUGAGUCAGGAAGAUGGACGGCUUGAGGUCCUCGCAUUCAUGGACCAACGUGAGCUGGACAUGACUCCCCAGAGCGAUAUUUUCGUGCACGAAGUUCUCGUGACGUUUGGGAGCCUCCGACAUUUCGAGGUCGUCAGCGAGGACAACGCAAGCGUACAUGAAUACCGCGUUGAGUAUCACGAUAUUCAACAUGCAGAAAACGCACACAGCGGUCUGGACAAUCUGCUGAUCGGCUUCGUUCGAUUCAACGUUUCUGCUCCGGGUUCUCCUCCUUCUCAACGAGGCAAAUACCAUUCCAGCACUCCUCCUCCGCCAACCACUCCAUACAACUCGUCGCCAGACAUGAAGAUGGAGAUUGUUCCGACGUCUCCAGUUUCUCCUUUGCUCAUGGAGAAUGGUGCCAUUGAUCAUGAUAUUGAUCUCAACAGGAUUCGCCAGGGAGAAGACUUGCGGACUACUUUGAUGAUUCGGCACAUCCCGAAUCGGGUUUCAGCGGAGGAACUCAAGCGACAUAUCGAUCAAUGGUCUUUCGGGAAGUUCGAUUUCCUCUAUCUGCGGAUGGAUUUUAUGCACGAUUGCAACGUCGGAUAUGCUUUCGUGAACUUUCCUGAUCCCAUGGAUAUCGUCACUCUGGUCGACAACUUUCAGGGCACAAAUUGGCCGGGUGUUGCCGGUUCCGACAAGCGGGUGCAUUUGUCUUAUGCCGCCAUGCAAGGCAAGGAUGCAUUGGUCGCCAAAUUCCGUAACAGCACGUUGUUCUAUGUCAGCGGUCCCAGCAUCGGAAGGGAGGCUCCUUUCCCUGGACCCAAUGACCCCAGCAAGCUCCGGCGUUCCGUUGUGGCCACCAACCAGCAAGGGCUUUACACACCCCAUCGCCGCAACGUGAGCGGUGCAUCUCGGAACUCCGAUCAGAGGGGAAAUCUGGCAACCCCUCGUACUAACCGCCGGGGCAUUACGAAUUCCCCGCAUGUGUCUCGGACGAUCAAUCCUGCCUCGCCGGUAACCCCUCGCCCUGGAGACUCUCCUCGGAUCUAUCGCACCCGGCCUCCACAGUUGUCUACUUUGCGGGCUGGGAACAACGCUCCAUCGGAAGCCGGUCGGGAAGGACGGGCCAGGGGUGGGAAUGCCCAAUCUGGUCGUGAAACAAGUGCUGCUCGAGGAACCCAGGCUGCUCGAGGGGGCCCGGCUAAUCGAGGAUCGCAGGGUACUCGGGGACCUCAGGUCGGUCGACCACCAGCCCCGCCGAAUCGUCGUCAAAACCGACUUUUGGCACGUCAAGCUUCUGGAGGUGCAACUUCUCCCGCACCAACUGACGCUAACCGACGCUUCAACUGGAGGGAUCGGCGAUAG